AUGUUUGCAAAUAAGGAUUGUUUUGAGGUUUAUGAAAAAACAUAAGAAGUUAGAUAAGCAUUUUCUGAAUUUAAAUAAAAUGUUAUUAUUUAACUUGGAAAACUUGAAUGUUAAAUUGAAACAAUUAUUUUUGAACAAUUUGAGCAAUCUUAACCAAAUCAAAUUGAUUAAAUUUAUGAUAAUAAAAUUGAUAAUGAUAACUCUUAAUAUAUUGAUGAUGAAACUUAAGAAUUAGUUUCAAUUUGGAAUAAAGCAAAUGCUUAAUAAAAUGAAGAGUAAAUUCCAAAGUAUAAUGAUCAAUUAGUAACAAGAAUUAAAAAAACAUUUACAUUAUGGGAAUAAUAAAUUAAAGAACUUUUAUAAAUUGAUCUUUAAAUUAUUCCAAGAUAUUCAAGUUUAAAAUAUAGAUUUGAUAAUAAUGCAAAAUUUCCAAGUAUAAAAAUUAAUGAAGAACGUAUUAUUGAAUAAACUCAAACUUAAACUCAUUAUUGUUUUGCACUUGUUGAAUAAAGAUUGAAUUAAAUAGAGACUAGUUCUAUAUAAUUUAAAUUCCCAAAAUUUGUAGGAGAUAUUGGAGUUGGAAUUUGUGAUAAAUAAAUCUUAAUAUCUAAAGAUUUUAGACCUUUUUUAAAUGCAUUAAAUAAUGGAGCUUUUGUUUGCUUUUAAGAUUCAUGUAAAAUUAAACAUUAUAAAAAGAUGUAAUUAAUACAGAAUAAGAAGAAUUAAAUUGGAAAACUAAAGGUUUUAGAUUUUUUGAGAAUGAAGUUAUAGAAGUUACCUAUGAACCCUCUCUUAAAAGAGUCAUUUGGAAAAAAGUUUUAGUAAAUAAUUAUCAAAUAAUUAGAAACCUAAUGAAGGAUACUCGGUAGUUUUACAAAAUGAUAAUAGAGAAUUAUAUUUUUGCUGUAUUGUUAAAACAUAAGGAGCAAAAGUAGAAAUAAUAACAGAAUGA